GUGUGAGUGUGACGUCAUACGCGUACAGCGGUCCAGUCCAGUCGAGUGGCGAACAGGGCUCUGAGACGCUGGAGAGGAGGACGCAAGGAAAGUAGAGAGAGCUACCAUAACUAUGCAAUCACAAAAACACACUCGUCUCUAUGGACUGUAAAAUGAAAAGAUCACACAUCCUCGACUUGGAUUGGAAGAAACAACACAUGCGACUCUGAUGACCAACUCAAUAACGGAAUUCACUUUUUGGAGUUUGGGAGUUCACUCCGAAAUAAUCUUUUUGGCGUUUCAAGCAACAGUUUGUAAAUAUCGCUGAGACAGGACGACUACCCCCUAGCCAGCCUUCAAGAUGGAGGAGGAACAGUGCUUCUACAAUGAGUCCAUUGCCUUCUUCUACAACCGCAGUGGAAAGUACCUGGCUACAGAGUGGAAUACCGUCAGUAAGCUGGUGAUGGGGCUGGGUAUCACAGUAUGUAUCUUCAUCAUGCUGGCUAACUUGCUGGUCAUGGUGGCUAUAUACGUCAACCGCCGCUUCCACUUCCCUAUUUACUACCUGAUGGCCAACCUGGCCGCCGCGGACUUCUUUGCCGGCCUGGCGUACUUCUACCUGAUGUUCAACACGGGCCCGAACACGCGGCGCCUCACGGUGUCCACGUGGCUACUCCGACAGGGUCUCAUCGACACGUCCCUCACGGCGUCCGUGUGUAACCUCCUCGCCAUCGCCAUCGAGCGCCACAUCACCGUUUUCCGCAUGCAGCUGCACACGCGCAUGUCCAACCGGCGUGUGGUGGUGGUGAUCGUAGUCAUCUGGACCUUGUCGAUCGUCAUGGGAGCCAUCCCGUCGGUGGGGUGGAACUGUAUCUGUGACGUCAGCACGUGUUCUAGCAUGGCGCCGUUGUACUGUAACUCCUACCUGGUGUUCUGGGCCGUAUUUAACCUGGUCACCUUCCUGGUCAUGGUGGUGCUGUACGCUCACAUAUUUAUGUACGUGAGACAGAGGACCAUGAGGAUGAGCAGACACAGCUCUGGACCACGCAGGAAUAGAGACACCAUGAUGAGUUUGCUGAAGACUGUCGUCAUCGUAUUGGGUGCGUUCAUCGUGUGCUGGACUCCAGGCCUGGUUCUCAUCCUCCUCGAUGUGUUCUGUGCCAACUGUAACGUCCUGGACUUUGAGAAGUUCUUCCUGCUUCUGGCUGAGUUCAACUCCGCUAUGAACCCCAUCAUCUACACCUACCGGGACAAGGAGAUGAGCGCCACAUUCAAGCAGAUCCUGUGCUGCCAGCGCCAGGAGAAUGUCAACGGGACGGCAGCCGAGGGCUCCGACCGCUCAGCCUCCUCUAUCAAUCACACCGUGAUGAGUGGAGGGAAAAAAAACAAUGAUCACUCAGUGGUCUGAGGAGAGGGGCUGGAGACAGGAGGAGAAGAGAGGGACUGGGGCUGGAGACAGGAGGAGAGGAGAGGGACUGGAGACAAGAGGAGAGGGACUGGGGCUGGAGACAAGAGGAGAGGGGAUGGAGACAGGAGGAGAGGGACUGGAGCUGGAGACAGGAGGUGAGGAGAGGGACUGGGGCUGGAGACAGGAGGAGAGGAGUGGAGAGGGACAGGGGCUGGAGACAGGAGGAGAAGAGAGGGACUGGGGCUGGAGACAGGAGGAGAGGAGAGGGACUGGAGACAAGAGGAGAGGGACUGGGGCUGGAGACAAGAGGAGAGGGGAUGGAGACAGGAGGAGAGGGACUGGAGCUGGAGACAGGAGGUGAGGAGAGGGACUGGGGCUGGAGACAGGAGGAGAGGAGUGGAGAGGGACUGGGGCUGGAGACAGGAGGAGAGGAGAGGGGAGGGACUGCGGCUGGAGACAAGAGGAGAUGGACUGGGGCUAGAGGAGAGGAGAGGGGCUGGAGACAGGAGGGGAGGAGAGGGGCUGGAGACAGGAGGAGAGGAGAGGAACUGGAGAUGGGAGGAGAGGAGAGGAACUGGAGACGGGAGGAGAGGGACUGGGGCUGGAGAGGAGAGGGACUGGAGCUAGCAGAAGAGGAGCUGGAGACAGGAGGAGAGGACUGGGGCUAGAGACCAGAGGAGAGGGGGCUGCAGUGUGGAGCUCAGCCCAGUGGCCAGGAGAUGGGUGCGGGGGACGAGGGCAGGCUGGGGCCAGGGAGGUGGGUGGCCAGGAGAUGGACAAUUGGACCUACUAUAAUUGACCAGGGUGAUGCCAUGGAGAUGGGUCGGAACAGAGGGUAGAUUCAUUGCAAGACUCUUAUUGGUUGUUAGUUAUUUGUUUUCUAUUUUGUUAAAGUGUUGUUGACACCACAUGAACUAUUUAAAGACUUUAAUCUAUGAUGUGAAGGACUUACCUGUAGAAGCUCUCUAUAUCCCUCCUCUCUCUGACUAAACUUCCUAUCAUUAUAAACAUAUUACCAUUACAAUAGGAAGAA